AUGACUCUAUUCAGCGAUAUGGCCAACUUUGCGGACACAGUUGGCCGAAUCGAGUAUUGCGGUGCUCACAAGAUGGAGAUCGCUUACAAUGGAAACUGCGACUACUGUGGCCGUGGCAUGCCCGCUUUCAAACAAGCAAUUACGGAGUGUCUCACAGUCUUAAUGGAGAAGGUCUAG